AAAAAAAUAAUUGACAACGCCAGAGAUGAUUGCCAGUGCGCCACGGUUCGACGCCGUUCGCCUGCUCCGGUUCCGCUGCUCCGGUGCCGCUGCUCCGGUGCCGCUCUGGCCAGUCCUUGCACGACCAAACUCGACCCGCUCCGCUUCGAACACGCUCUCGUUGCUAACCAUCCCAGUCGGUUCCUCGCUUUCUCCCUCGUUGCACUUAGGGUUCUUGGCCUAAAAAUUUUCGCGCCGCGAGGGUCAACCACCCCAAUCAGCUCGUCACCACCUGUCCCCUCCUCCUUUGAUGGCAAAACCAGGUUACUGAGACAGUACAGCUCCCUCUAGCAAACCUAUGGUCGUGUACAUAGUGCCCGUCCACCUUUCUGAUGACGUCUGCCUCCGCGCACAAGGAUGAGAUGGGCAUUGCUGCACACACCGACGGCCUGGAGGCCCGCACAUGUGCACCUUUGUAGCUGACGCACCACUGCCGACCCAACUCCACCACACGCACGCCUCGCGGUGGGUGCGCCGCAGCAAGAAGGUAUCGGUCGCUUGAGAGUGAGUCUAGCCCUGCUCGCUACAAAGACCCCCCCCCCGCUAUGGGUGGACACGCCACCCCAAAUAUAGCCCCCAUAGUAUGCGCUACCAAGGACGCGUGACGCAUGGAUGCGUGGAGUAAGGAUAGCUUACGGAAACCUCACAGGUUGAGUGAUGUAGGAGAUUGCCGGACACAUAGACGUGACGUGUUGAGUGAGGAUAGCUGCAUACUGAAACCUCACAGAUGCAUUGGUUUUUGAGUUUGCCAGGCACAUGGACGCGCUGAGUGGGGAUAGCUACAUACUGAAACCUCAUGAGUUGAGUGAUGUUGGGUAGUGCUGGACACAUUGACGCUUUGAUGAGGAAAGACACAUACGGAAACCUCACAGGUGAUUUGUAUUGGAGAUUGCCGGACACCUAGACGUGCUGAGUGAGGAUAGCUGCAUACUGAAACCUCACAGAUGGAUUGAUUGCCGGACACCUAGACGUGCUGAGUGACGAAAGCUGCAUACUGA